UAAUUAGAGAUAAGGAGACAAACUCACAGAGCACUGAGAUAUUGGAGCCUAGCUGGUGUUUCGCUCACUGUUUUGGAGCAAAGGCUCAGAAGGCGCUCGCUUGGCGGUCAUCAGUGGCUCACACACACCGACUGACCAUUUCGCAUUGGGAAACAGGUAAACGUUUUUAAGGCCACCUGCAGGGACAAGGAACCAACAGAGACAGAUGGCGCGUUUCGCUUAAUCGACUCAUUUGUUGGGACCAUUACCGGAGGAGCAUAAACCGGAGGGAUGCACUAAGGACACGAGGAGAAUCCUCAUACGCAGCCCUCCUUACUUCAAGCACAGCGGGGGGCAGAGUCGACUGGACACUAGGUGCCCACUCUCUCCUCCAGUCAAGGAGUCCCUCCCAGUGUGUUUAUCAUUGGGGUGUAGAGCGCGGUAAUCCUCUUACUCCUGUCAACAGAGGCGGAGCGAUUUUUUUAUUGCGUAUACACUUUUCGCUCUUUUCUUAUCGAGUGUGCGCCUGUGUGUGUGCCUAUUGAGAGGAGCAAUGCACGGGGCGCGUCGUGGUCGAAGUGCGCCAACUCAAAAAGUGGGAUGAAUUCUGGUGGAAUAGCAGUUUAAACAGAGUCCAGCAGUGGCAGCAGCGGCGGCGGCGGCAGCGGCAGCAGCAAGACGACCAGAUGCGACCGCGGCGAUGAAUCGUCUGCGGACCCUGAGCGUCGAGGCGGCCUUGCUUUUCCUGUCCGUCGCUCAGCUCAGCCAAGCCCUCAGGUGUGUGUGCCACCUGUGCACGAACCACACGUGCGAGACGGAACCGGCCGGGGCAUGCUGGAACUCGGUGACGCUGGUCAACGGCAAGGAGGAGCGGGUCAAGUCAUGCCUGACGCCGGCCCAGUACAGCGGGCAGAUGUUCUGCCAAGGCUCCCGCAACCUGUCCAAGAGGCACUGCUGCUUCACCGACUUCUGUAACAACGUGACGCUGCACCUGUACUCAGACAGGCCGUCGGCGGAGCCGGGCUGGGCCGGGCUGGAGCUGGCCCUGGUGGUGGUGGUGCCCUGCUGCCUGCUGUGUGUGGCCGGCCUGCUGGGGGUCCUGGCCCUCCAGAGCCAGCGCUGCUCCUACCGGAGGGCCAACAAGCAGGACCCCGAGGAGCCGCUGGAGGACCUGGUCAUGUCCCCCGACAAGUGUCUGAAGGAGCUCAUCUACGACAUGAGCACGUCGGGAUCCGGCUCCGGGCUGCCGCUGCUGGUCCAGCGGACCAUCGCGAGGACCAUCGUGCUGCAGGAGUGCGUGGGGAAGGGCCGCUUCGGCGAGGUGUGGCGGGGGAAGUGGCGCGGCGAGGACGUGGCGGUGAAGAUCUUCUCGUCGCGGGAGGAGCGCUCGUGGUUCCGCGAGGCCGAGAUCUACCAGACCAUCAUGCUGCGGCACGAGAACAUCCUGGGCUUCAUCGCCGCCGACAACAAGGACAACGGGUCGUGGACCCAGCUGUGGCUGGUGUCGGAGUACCACGAGCACGGCUCCCUCUUCGACUACCUGAACCGCUACACGGUGUCUGUCGAGGCCAUGGUGCUGCUGGCCUCCUCCCUGGCCAGCGGCCUCGCCCACCUCCACAUGGAGAUCAUCGGCACGCAGGGGAAGCCGGCCAUCGCCCACCGGGACAUCAAGUCCAAGAACGUCCUGGUGAAGAAGAGCGGCGCCGCCGCCAUCGCCGACCUGGGCCUGGCCGUGAAGCACGACUCCAGCGCCGACACCGUCCACAUCCCCGCCAACCACCGCGUCGGCACCAAGAGGUACAUGUCCCCAGAGCUCCUGGACGACUCCAUCAACAUGGACAGCUUUGAGUCCUUUAAGAGGGCCGACAUCUACUCCCUGGGCCUCGUCUUCUGGGAACUGGCUCGCAGAUGUUCUGCCCAGGGGCUGAACGAAGACUUCCAGCUGCCUUACUACGACCUGGUGCCUACGGACCCGUCUGUGGAGGACAUGAAGAGGGUGGUCUGUGAGCAGAAGCUCCGCCCCAGCAUCCCCAACCAAUGGCAGAGCUGUGAGGCCCUGCGCGUGAUGGGGAAACUGAUGAGGGAGUGUUGCUACGGCAACGCGGCCGCGCGACUCACCGCGCUGCGGGUCAAGAAGACCAUCUCUCAGGUGACCGUACUCAAGGACGUCAAAGAUUAGACUUCAUCUCACCCCCCCCCCCCCCCCCCAUCGCCCACUACCCCCUGCUGUUCCCUCCCUCGCCCCCUCGCUGACCUCCGCGCUCGCUGCUGACACGGACUGGACUGACUGGAGAGGGAUUACCCUCGUCUGACUCUCUCUCUCCUUCGCCGGGGCGCCCCCUGCAGUUCAAGCGCACACAUCACAGGCGCACCAUGAGUUCAUGUUUGUUUGUCGACGCCAAAGGGGGUUGCUCAGGGGGUCACGGGCAGGCCGUGUCCCCGGGUAACGGCGAUGAACCGAGGCCGACCUCCGGUAAGUUCAGGCGAGCUCCGUCAGGGAGCUCGCCUGGAGAGGCUUAUCGUAGACGAGGUGUGUUCUAGAUGUUCUACUACCUCACCCGCGUUCAAGUGCCCUGAAGCUUUAGGUCGCACGUUGGAAGCUGCUUCUGUGCCAUAAAUGCUAGUACACGCAUUGCAUUGUUCUAAGGGAGUGUGUACCUGUGUCUGUGUUCCUCAGUCACACGACCGCAGUGUAGGAGGAUUCAUGGAUUAGCCCACUCCCGGUUUAUGUUCUUCGGAUAAAAAUGUUCUCGAAAAAAAGUUUACUUUAACGUAUGUGUCGGGAAUACAGCCUUUUGUCUAAGAAGGAGUACCUUGAGUGUUUGUUUUAAGGAUCUAUUUAAAGCUCAGCUCCUAAAACGUCCCGCUUCUAAAGAAUAUUGCAGAUUUAAAGCCUUUUGUUUAUGAACGUUCAGCACUUUAAUUACUGACCAUGGAAUGCUUUGUGAUGCAUAUUGAAUGUAUACAUGUCUUUUUGUACUUUGAAUGCUGAUAGCUUUUAUUUAUUCAUGUUGAUGGAAAAAUCUGUUCUCAGUAGGCCUACUGGUAUCUAUACCACCCAGAAUCAAGUUAAUAACGUUAAAGUGAAUUAUUAAAGGUUGGGUAUGGGAUUUGCGAAACGCCAGCAGAUUUUGAAAAUAAACAACUCAAAUGGUCCUACCCCCUCUCCUCCAACGCUGACUCUGACUCCACCCAUUCCAAGUACAUGGACGCGCAAUCAUGCACGAGUGAACACAGAUGCGCGAGAGCGAGCCAUUAGCUAGUUAGCUA